GAAUAUAUGUUAUCAUAUUAUUAAAACGUUUUAUCAAGAAUUUGUGUCCCCGUUCCGUCUCUCAGCCUAUGUCAUUUUGUAGUAAACCGUGUACUUUUUUUUCAAACAUAAAUUUUCUUUUGAGCUGUUAUUCAUAAUUUUAGUCGCAUAUUAAACAUUUAAAAUAUUGCAACUUUAAGUUCAAAAUGUAAUUUGAUGUAACGAUGUAAAUUAUAAAACCAAUUUUAAAGUCAUAUUUAUAACAAUGUUAUUAUUUAUUAUGUGGUUGAUGAUCCCAACCAUAUUUUCGGCGUACUUUUCUGGUCGUCUUAUGUAUAUAAUUUUGCAACGUGUAACUAAUACACGAUCACUUAAAGAAUCAAAACUACCUGUUCGGACAUUAAUUGUCAUUGGUUCGGGCGGACAUACAGCUGAAAUGUUGCGUUUAAUGAACAAUAUGAACAAGUUGAAAUUUAUGCCACGUUUGUAUCUAUUAGCUGAUUCGGAUACAACAAGCCGUAACCGUGUAGAAAAUGAUGAAAUUGGUUUAGAUUGGUCCAUAGCAACUAUACCACGAUCAAGACAUGUAAAUCAAUCAUACUUAACAUCUAUUUUUUCAACUGUUUAUGCAAUUUUUAUUACUGUGCCUGUGGUUGUAUCAUUCAAACCAGAUUUGGUUUUAUGCAAUGGACCAGGUACUUGUGUUCCUGUAUGUCUGGUUGCUUUCAUGAUGAAAUUAUUCCAUUAUGCAGAUACAUCAAUUAUAUUUGUAGAAAGUAUCUGCCGCGUUAAGUCUUUAUCCCUAACUGGAAAAUUUAUGUAUUUUUUUGCCGAUUUAAUAAUUGUUCAAUGGCCUGAAUUAAAACAAAAAUAUGGACAGAGAGUCCACUAUCUUGAUGAAGGUUUGAAUUCAUGAAUCUAUUGUUUAAUGUAAAUUAUUUAAUUUAUUUAAUUAUUUAUGUAAAUUAUUAAUAUAUAUAUAUUAUAUUGUGUUGAAACUUGAAACUAUGU